UAAAUAAACUGAUCAAUUGAGUCAAUAUGGUCAGCGGAUUAACUCGAACCAAUCCCUCGCUAAUAAAGAAAAACAAAAUGGCCGACAUCAAUGACGAAGACUUGAUGGAAAGUGGCUCUGAAAUAUCAGAUGACGAGCUUCAAAGAGAUUUUGCAAGCGGAAAACUUCAAGUGGGUUUGAACAGAAUUCAGUCCCAAACCAAGACACGUGCUCUGUACAACAAUGUCCCUGGCAUGAAGCAAAAACUGGAGCAGAUCGCUCAAGAGCUUGAAUGGGUUGAAAGAAUGGAUGUCACAGUCACCAGAGAGGAAGAUGACGAGCAGGAAAGUUUAAAGACGCCUACAACAUCCACAGUUUCCAGUGAGAAAAGUAUCCAUGAUGACUUCCAACGAGAAAUGAGAUUCUACAAGCAAGCACAGGUGGCAGUGAAUGAAGCACUUUCUAAACUGAACAAACUUGGAGUGGGAACCAAACGACCUGAGGAUUACUUUGCAGAAAUGGUGAAAACUGAUGAUCACAUGCAGAGGGUAAGAGCAAAAUUACUGAGCAAGCAGAAAGCCAUGGAGAGGUCUGAAAAGGCAAAGAAACAGCGAGAGAUGAAGAAAUUUGGCAAAAAGGUCCAACAAGAGGUUUUGCAAAAGAGGCAGAAGGAAAAGAGAGAGAUGAUGGAAGCUGUGAAAAACUACAAAAAACGUGGCAAGAACACCCCAGUUGAUGCAAAAUCAACAGCAGGAGGCCCUGAUGAAUUUCAGAUACAAACAGAGAGAGAAUCUUCAACCAUAAACAAAGGAAAAGUCAUUAAACGCGGAAGGAAUGCAAAGAGAAAAAGGAAGGAUUCCAAAUACGGUUUUGGAGGAUUAAAGAAAGGAAUGAAGAGAAAUUCCAAGCAAAGUUUUUCAGACGUGAGUUCGUUCAACUCUUCAAUACACAGUAAAGCGCCGAGAGCAAAGGCUGGAAAUGCGGGAAAGAAGAGAAAGAACACCCGACCUGGAAAGUCUCGGAGGAAACAGAUGAAGAAAUGAAUAUUUGGAAUUUGAACUGACGAGGAGAACAAUUCAG